AUGGACACGAGGAAAGACGUUGUGCGGCAAGUCUACGGAAAGGUCUGCGAGUUGUAUGGAGGAUCAGACGACCGCAUCUAUCUUUUCGGAAUCGAACGCGGUGCAGACAAGGUGCUUGAACUGGUCCAGUGGAUCGAGAUGUUUGGGUUGAUCUGCCCGGGGCAGGACCAUCUGUUGGAUGAAGCGAAGAUCAUUUGGAAAGACAAGAAUUCAAAAAGAGCGUGGGCUGAACGGUUCAAAUAUACCCAUUCCAAGCAAGACGUCCGCAUCCACUUUGUUGGCACCUGGGACUCUGAUAGGCAACGUCCCGAGGGUCUCCGUCUCGGAGACGAACUGGCAAAGCACACUGUGGACUUCUACCGUCAGGUCGUCUCCAUUAAUGAGCGUGCGGUGGGAAACAUACCCACGCCACACGGCAUCGAACACCGAAGCGAUGAGAAAGGCCGUAGGACCGACGAUCCGCCCAAAGCUUUCCCCUCCGAAGAAGGCUUGCCACCGUAUUCCGAAGGCUCAUAUCGCCGUGCCGCCUCCGCUGGCGAGCGUGCGGUAGACGGCGCCUCAGCCCCGCGCCGGAUCGAACACCAAACCGACAAGCAAGGCCGUCAGACCGACACCCCCAAACCCGCCCCGUUCGAGGCGAUCCACUUCCAGGAGCCGAUCUCAGGCGGCCGCGAUCGCGACUGCCCCGCGAGUUUCCACUGGCUGGCGCUCCACGCCAAAGCCGCAGGCCUCCGCGUCAGACUCUCCCCGCCCGCCGUUGCGCAGCGCUUCCGCGCUUGUCUGUCGCCGCGCGAGGCACCGGCUCCGCCACCCGGACGCAAGCGCUUCGCGGAUCUCCUCCCGGGACGGAGCGCGGUCAACGACAGGCGAAGCGAGCUGAGCUGGUGCGCCGGCAGGUCCACGGGCUCUGCGGAGCGUCUAUCGAUACCUGUGUGGUGCAGAGUGGACGAUGGUAAGCCAGGCAUGUCCAAUGGCGGCGAGGUGGAGCCUUCGUAUACCGUCGAGGACAUCGUGGUCAGCAUGUAG